AUGAUGAGACACCGAAGCCAUGGUUGGAUGCCACCUGUAAACACUGAAAAGACUCAACAUUUUGGUGAUUUUGUCUUUGAGCUUAAAGCAAAACGGGACCCUGGUUUUUCUGUUUUAUUGAAAAUCAAUAUUAUUCACAAACUGUGGUCAAAUAUUUCCAUAAAUCAGUUAAGGGUCGUAGGACCGAAAACUACCAAAAUACCCUUUGGUCGUUGGUUCUUUCUUUUUGCCGUUGGAACUUGGAACACAAUACAAAAGGCCUACGGUGCUCUCAAAGACUCCACCAAGGUUGGCCUAGCCAAGGUCAAUAGCGAAUACAAGGAUUUGGACAUUGCCAUCGUGAAGGCUACCAGUCAUGUAGAAUAUCCUCCUAAGGAACGUCAUGUUAGAAAAAUAUUCUAUGCAACUUCAGCACACCAACCACGGGCAGAUGUGGCGUACUGCAUACAUACACUUGCUAGGAGGCUUUCAAAGACACGGAAUUGGAUAGUUGCUGUAAAGACAUUGAUAGUCAUUCAUAGAAUACUGAGAGAGGGUGAUCCUACUUUCAAAGAAGACCUCAUAAACUAUGCCCGCAGGGGACGUUUUCUUCAAAUAUCCAAUUUCAAAGAUGACUCUAGUCCUCAAGCUUGGGACUGUUCUGCAUGGGUUCGAAGCUAUGCACUAUUUUUAGAAGAAAGGCUUGAAUGUUUUAGAGUCCUUAAAUAUGAUAUCGAGUCUGAGCGUUUAACAAAAUCAUCACCCGUUAUAACGAAGGGACAUGGCAGAACACGGUCCUUGACUAGUGAAGGGCUAUUGGAGCAGCUGCCUGCGCUGCAGCAACUUCUAUAUCGCCUAGUUGGUUGUCAGCCUGAAGGUUCGGCUUUCAACAAUUAUCUAAUACAGUAUGCACUGGCCUUGGUAUUGAAGGAGAGCUUCAAAAUAUAUUGUACCCUGAAUGAUGGAAUCAUAAAUCUUGUGGAACUGUUAUUUGAUAUGCCAAAAUAUGACGCAAUCAAGGCGUUGCAUAUUUAUAAAAGAGCUGGCCAACAGGCUGAAAAUCUUGCUGAAUUCUAUGAAUACUGCAAGAGAUUGGACCUUGCUAGGAAUUUUCAAUUUCCAAUCUUGAGACAGGAGCAUCAAGAAAAUGACCGAUCACCUCAAAAGGAAGCAGAACCCGAAGUAUCUGAAGAGGCUCAAGCAAAUGAAAAACCAGAUGAAGAAGUCAAUGAGGAAGAACCAGUGGACAAAGAUGAAACAGAGCCUAAGGAAGAGGAAGCUGAACUUCCUCCUUUGAUAUCAACUGAUACUACUGAUGAUUUGCUGGGUAUAAACGACAUAAAUCCAAAAGCCCAGGAACUAGAAGAAAGCAAUUCUUUAGCGCUAGCAAUUGUUCCAUCCGGAGGAAAUAACUCAAGCAAUCUUGCUUUGGCUAACAUAAAUGGAACGUCUGGUUGGGAACUUGCACUGGUUACAACACCAAGUAACCAUUCAGGCCAAGUACCAGAUCGCGAAAUGGCUGGUGGGUUUGACAAGCUAUUACUAGACAGUUUGUAUGAAGAUGAAAAUGCUAGGAGACAGCUUCAAGUCCGUAAUGCAGGCUAUGGAUAUGGGGGAAUGGAUACACAUAAUCCAUUCGAUCAUCAUAAUCAACAAGAUCCAUUUGCAAUGUCCAACAACAUAGUACCUCCACCCAACGUGCAAAUGGCAUUCAUGUCUCAGCAACAUCAACAACAACAAAUGAUGUUCCACCAACAGCAACAACAUAACAUGAUGAUGGUUAUUUUGAGUGCUUGGUCAGGAUCCAAACUAUAUACAAACAACAUUGAGAUGAAAAAACGUGAGAAGAGUUUAUCCCAAAACAACCAGUAG